AUGAGGUGGUAUCGGCGUCGAAAAGCAGCACACUUAUUUCUACUUGGAUUCGUCAUUCUUCUUUGGAUGGGAUUCAGAUCCUUAAUUCUUGACAGAGAUUUGGAACGUGAUAUCAAAUUUGUAAGGAACUUUAUAACAAGAAAUGUUUCAGUAAUAAGUAACACUUUACAGCGAAUCGUACCAACUCCAUUGCCAGGAACAACUGUACUCACUAUAAAAAUAUGGAAGCAUUUGAGGAAGCCUAAUACAAACAUUCCUUUUCCAGAACCAGUAGACAAAUAUUACUCUCAAGCCGGUCAAGACCAAGCUGUGUAUAACAUAUUUCCAAAGCAAAACGGUUUUUUCAUUGAAAUGGGAGCUUACGAUGGUAAAAUACAUUCUAACACCUUGUGGUUGGAGAGAAAACACAAUUGGACAGGAUUGCUGAUAGAAGGAAACCCACUAUCAUGUCCCCACAUUGACCGCGUCAAACGCAACGCCUGGCGUCUCUGCGCAUGCGUGGCACGUGAAAAUGAAACAACGUUUAUAGAAGGAGAUGAGCUAGGGGGUUCUGAAAAAGACAUGGCGGAGAGUCACGUAAUUCAAUUGAAAGGGUACAAAAGAACCAAAGUACCUUGUUUUCAGUUAAUUGACGUUUUACAAUUAAUCGGUGUUUUCCACAUUAAUUACUUUUCGUUGGAUGUUGAAGGCGGGGAAAUGGCGGUGCUCAACAGCAUGAGAGAGCAGUUGAUUUCUAGACAAAUAAUCGUUGAUGUAUGGACCAUUGAAUAUCGAGCUUGGGCAGGGCCAAGGUUUGAUUGGGCUAAAGGAAAAGAAAAUUUGGCAAAUUAUCGAAUCUUUUUCAAAGAGAUAGGAGGAUACGUCGAACACUCACAAUUGUCUUACGAGACACGUAGGCUAGGAGACGGUUACUAUCUGGAUGUUGUCUUUGUUUACAUAGAGACCUGGUGUAAAGGCCAUAGCUUGCUUCCGGACGGAAAAAUAAAAUGUAGACCAUUAUCUCAAUAA